AUGGGCAAGACAAAGGACGCAAAGGACCAGCCAGAUGCUGGGUUGAGGAGUUUGGAUCACUAUGCAACCCAAUUACCACUCUGGCGCUACUGGCCACGACAAAAGCUGAUCCCUCUGGUCCGAUAUGAGACGCCAUACCUUGCCUGGCUGCAGGAGAAGGUCCGCACCCCGACGUUGGACUCGUACUUUGCAUUCACCGCGAACCUCGGCACACACACAUUUUUCAUGGUCUUUUUGCCCUUCCUGUUUUGGUGCGGCCAUACUAGUCUCGGUCGAGGGUAUACUCGUGCACAUCCUCGCGUCCGGCGUCUUCUUCAGCGGAUUCAUCAAAGACUUGCUCUGUCUGCCCCGGCCUUUGUCCCCCCUCUGCAGCGCAUCACCAUGUCUGGUUCUGCUGCACUCGAAUAUGGUUUCCCUUCGACGCAUUCUACCAACGCUGUAUCAGUUGCCGUCUACGCUAUCGCGCUACUCAAUUCGGCUGACUCGACGGUCCCUGCGCAAACCAACUUUAUCCUCCAAGUUAUCACAUACCUUUACGUGACAUCAAUAGUAUUGGGUCGGCUAUACUGCGGUAUGCAUGGGUUCUUUGAUGUGAUAAUUGGUUGUAUUCUGGGCGCAGGGAUUGGCCUGGUGCAAUUCAGUUACGGACCCGCCUUUGACGAGUAUAUUCUGUCUGCGACGCUGAAGGAGAUCUUGGUCAUUCCCAUUGUCAUUUUGAUUCUUGUUCGUAUUCAUCCAGAACCAGCGGAUGAUUGUCCUUGCUUCGAUGACAGUGUCGCGUUCGCUGGUGUCACGCUCGGUGUGGAUGUGGGCUCUUGGUAUUUUACAAUGUCCAGUCUGGCGUGGACUGACCCCCUUCCCGGGACGAUUCCGUACAAUUACGAAAGCAUUGGCUUGAUUGGAACCGUGUUCCGCCUCGUUGUCGGUGUGAUGUGUGUCUUUGCCUGGAGAGAGAUCACCAAGCCGACUCUGUUGCGCAUCCUCCCGCCCAUCUUCCGAAGUCUUGAGAAAGUCGGCCUUCUUUUGCCCCGUCGCUUCUUCACCACUGCAUCGCGGUAUACCACAGUUCCCUCUAAUCUGAAGGACAACGAAGUGUUCCCCAAUUUCUCAGACAUCCCUUCAAUUAUUACCACCAUCCGUCAUCCUCGCCGUCGUGCAAUCUCCAUUGGUCCUCAGUCCGAGGCCGAUGCGUAUGAGACUCUUGCUUACCGGGAGAAGCGCCGACGUGAAAGCCUAUCCGGAAGCAAUCGUGACUCUCCCGCUGAUGAGAACGGAAGGCCUAAUGGUGGACCAGUGUUGUCCCGGAAGCCAUCCAAACUGGACCAGUACGAACACAUGAUGGGUACUGGGAGCCCACAUUCGUCCAUGGUAGAGGAGGAUGCCAACAUCCCUCGCUCAUCGCCACUUCCGCCCCCAGCAUAUGGUGGAAUCGGCCGAACGGACGAGAAGGAGGUUUUCUCUCAGAUCAAGAAGCCUCGGGUACGGUACGACGUAGAGGUUAUUACCAAGCUUGUUGUAUAUGCAGGAAUCCCAUGGGUUGUCAUCAAUGGGGCGCCCCCGUUUUUGAAAUGA